AUGUUGUGGCAUGCUCUCAUCGUUGUCUUUCUAUUAGUGGUGUUAGGUGGACACCCAGCAAAAACAAAAUUGAUACAUAAAAAUGAUGAUAUUCGUUCAAUUUCAAGUGGAACAUCAUUUGGAGAAUGUCUUGGUUAUUGUCGCCGAUCAAUUUAUAUAACAAAUAUUCCACCUCAAUUAAUUGCAUUGAAAGAACCUAAUGGAAAGCAAAUAAAAUAUCCAACUAUUCGACGACGAUUUCGUUUUAACUCGAUUCAAUGGCGAAAAAUUAUUGCUCUUGUGGAUGUACGCAAAUUUCGAAGGCUAAACGAUCGUAUAGGAUGUCCUGAUUGUGCAGAUGGCGGUGCAGAAUGGAUUCAAAUUAAUUGGUCAAAUAAAAGCAAACGUGUAACAUUUGAAUAUGGAAAAUUAGUCAAUGGUAUCGAAAAGCUUAUUAACUAUUUGCGUGUAUUAAGAAAUCAAUAUUUGAAAAAUUUGUGA